GAUAACUCCGCUCGAGGGUUCCGGGUCCGCCCUCCUUCCCGCCCCCCGCGCCGCAGGGCACGCCGGGAAGAGCCCUCAGAGUUCCCUCGAUGCUUGGUACUCAACCGCUGGACUUCAACUCCCAGGAUGCAAUGCUCGUUACGCGUGGCUCCCGCGCAUGCGCUCUUGGAAUUCCCGAAGGCGGAUGGGCUUAACUUCUGGCGGCAGGUGACGGGGCUCAUGGCUGCCUUCCUUCGAGUUGUGUCAAGGUUGCGGGGGCCAGUCCCAAGGGGAAGGCCUCUUCAUGGACUAUGGUGCUUCAGUGGGCAGAAGUGGGUGGGGAGCAGAUCUCCCACACCAAAGGAGAAGCCACUGGACACCGAGGCAGAGAGAUUCCACAUGGUCUAUCGUUUUAAGGCCAUUAGAGUCUUUGGGUACCUGUCUCGGCUGAAGUUGGCACAGACAGCCCUGACAGUGAUAUUCCUGCCACCGGGAUACUACUGGUAUUCACAGGGCCUCGUGACAUUCCACUCGCUGUGCCUCCUGGGUGGGACAUCUUGCUUUGCCCUGGCCAUGCUGUGCUGGAUGAGCUCCUUUUUCCAGAAGCUGGUGGGCAUCUUGUACGUGAAUGAAUCAGGCACGGUGCUGCGAGUGGCCCACCUAACCUUCUGGGGGUGGCGGCGAGACACAUACUGUCCCGUGGCAGAUGUGAUACCCCUGUCAGAAUCCAAGGACUGGGCCCAGGAUGUGUUCAUGCGGAUCCAGCAGUACAGCGGCCAGCACACCUUCUACCUCUCCCUGCGCUAUGGCCAUGUCGUGGACAGAGCGCGCUUCUCACAGGUGUUUGGGAACCUGGCCGAGCUCAAGUGAACAGUGGGUUGCCAGGCUUCUCUCAUAGCCCCAGGCACAUCUACAUCUCUGACAAGAAGGCUGACUGGAAGGCCACUUGUGUGGAUGGGGAAGAAGCUAAAUAAUCAUGCUUAGGAAAAGAACCUUAGUACAUGGGGCAUCCAGUAAGACAGUGGCUAGCAGUUUCUGUGCAGAGGCCGCUCAUGGAGGGAGCUGUUCCAGGUUCACUGAGGCAGCCCACCACUGUGAAGCUGGAAGGCCGAAGGGACAGUAGCAGGACGUGGAUCAUGGCUUCUGGAGAUUAGAGUUCUGCCAGCCCUCAGCAACAAGGCCUGGGACAGGUUAUCUUGGUUGGAUGCAAAGUCUGGCCUAUCAGUGAGGAUGAAUGUGAAAAUCAGAGCUGAGGCUGAGGGUGUAGCUCAGUGAUAGAGCUCUUGUCUACCAUGUGUGAGGUCCCAGGUUCCAUCCCCAGUGCCCACAAGCCAGCACAACCACUGCCUGCCAAGUGCUUUGCAAGGUCAGCAGUCCAGAGUGCAUGGCAAACUGUUGAUCUACACGUAGGGCACAGAGGAAGGCUUCCACCUGAGCUGCACUCAGGUUCAGCAGCAGAAGGGACUGAGCUGGAGCCUGGGGUGGACUCAUUUCAGUGCAUCAGCACCCGGCGGAUGUCCAGGGGCUCUCGUGUUGGAGACCUUCGAGUGUCGUGAAGCCAGAGGGCCUCUUCUGCUGUGCUGUUCCAUCGCGAGGCUGCUGUGAACAGUCGACAUUGUAAGGAGGAAGGAAGGGCGGUCGCUGUGAUUUUGCUGCUCCGAAGUCAUCAUGUUCUGUGUUGUAGCCCUCUGGUCAUUUUUCAUAGUAAUAAAAUGUGCGUAGAAACUCA